AUGCUAAACAUCGUUAAAGGUGAACAAGGAGACAUUGGUCAACUUGGUAAACCAGGUGAAAAUGGCGUGAUUGGAUCUGUUGGGCGUCGAGGGAGAGAAGGACGACCUGGAGAAAACGGCUAUGAUGGUGUGUCAGGUCGUAAAGGCUUUAAAGGAGAUCCAGGAAUUGCCGGUGAUAAGGGUAGCAAAGGAGUUCUUGGGGAACCUGGUGGUGAAGGAUCUUCUGGACGUAGAGGUUCUAAAGGUGAAUCAGGUAAAAUGGGUCUUCCUGGCCAUCCUGGAAAACUAGGCGAGAGAGGAAAGCAAGGAAAAGCUGGAGAGGCGGGGUUGAAGGGACCAACGGGCGAUGCAGGCAGUCUAGGACAGUAUGGCACUCAAGGUCUCAUUGGUCAAAAGGGUUCCAUUGGUUUUGUUGGUGUGAAAGGACCCUCUGGUUCAAGAGGCCUCAAGGGUGUAAGAGGAGCACCGGGUCGUCCUGGUCCUCCUGGACCACCUGGAAGUCCUGGUUACGCAAGUAGCAGUGGGAAUCGUCGUGGUCCAAGUACAACUGGUCAAAAAGGACCGUUCAGAUAUUAUCGAGGAGAAAAAAAACAUGCUAAUUACAUUGAGCUGAAUGAUCAAUAUGAAAACUUUGAGAGUUAUUCUAUUAAUGAAUUAACAAAACUACUGAGCGUUACCAGCUCUUACAAAAAUCCUGAUGGGUCUAAGAAAUAUCCAGCACAAAACUGUCGUUAUCUCAAAUGCUUCAUCCGACUUUACAAAGUGAUACCUAAACAAAAAUGGAUAACCCAGCGUGGUAAACAUGUUUGGUUUCAAAGAGAUCUUACGCAAACAAGCCAUUUUCGUUACACGGUCGAUGGAAAUCAACUUCGUUUUCUCAGGAUGCUCAGUGAAUCUGGCUGGCAACGUAUAACGUAUAACUGUAAGAAUUCAGUUGCUUGGUACGAUAUCAAUGGCGGUGCAGAUCAUUCAAUAAAACUGAGAGGAGACAAUGAUGUUGAGUAUCAUGCUUUAACUCCCAGAAAACUGCGACCUAAAGUUUUGAUUGACGAGUGCAAGAUAAAUGACAACGUAUGGCGAAAAACGAUCCUUGAAAUAAAAGCGGAAAAUCUUGCAAGACUUCCAAUUCGAGACAUAGCAAUUUUUUCAUCAAAUGCUGAAGAUCAGGAAUUUGGCAUCGAACUGGGAGAUGUUUGUUUUGCGUAGAAAAAACGAUAAAGAACUCAUGAUCUAACAAAAUAACCGACUCUAAUAUAUAUAACCAAUCAUGAAUAUCAAUAAAUGUUUGGUUUAUUUGUAUUUUAUCGCCAUUCUUUAAUUUGUACUUGGUUUUAGUCUGUAGACAUUGCUUUUAGUCAUAGAAAUAGCAUGUCAUAUAAUGUAAAACUAGAAUUAGUAGUUUAGUAACUACUUGCUGGUUUAUUUUUGACAUCCAUUUUUAAUGGUUAGCAUUUUUGUCAAAAGACCUGUAGUUGUCAGCUUUUGCGUUUUUUUCUUUUUGUCUUAAUUAAACUUUAGUGGCUAACACCUUCAAA